AUGAUAAUUAAAACAACUUAACAUGAUGAUUUAUAUCUAAAUAUAAACAAAAAACUAUUUUAUAUUUAGAAUUCCAUAAAAUUAGACGUUUUUGAGGAGAACCAUAUUAGUUUGAAUAUAUAGUCUUUACUUAUAUAUCAUAGUUAAGUAUAAUAUAAUUCUAAUCUAGUAUUAUUUAUUCUGGUAUUUUUAUCAUCUUUAGGAUUGAUUCAUUAAAAUGGAUUACAAGAGUUCUUUUGAUUAGUCUAUGACUAAAAAGAAAGAGGAACUUAUUAAAUUAAUAUUAAUUGAGCAGCUGAUAUGUAUUCAGGCAAUUACUUAAUUGAGUAUAUAUCUCUAAUAAUUAUAGUUCUAAGCUAUUUAAUAGAUGUAAUGAAUAUAUUGUAAAAUGUCAAAAUUAUAAAUGAUGUAUUUGAGGAUAAGCUACUUUAGUUAUUAUGGAAAAAGCAAUAUAUUUUCAAUGAGAAAAACUUUUGUAUUGACUAGUUAAGUUAUAAUUGA